CUCAUUUAGUCUUCUUGAAUCGAUCCUCGAGCUACAAACCAAGGUGAAAUCCGCGGGAGCAUCCCUGCCACAGUUUUGGGAUCAAUUUCCUACCCAACCAUCAUCUGCAUUUGUGAUGUGUUAAAAGACAUUUAGUUGAAAGUGACAGUGAGAAAAAGACUCUGUUGGAACAGAACAAUGCCUUCCGCUAACAAGGACAAACUGUUUGGUCCAUGGAGCCGAAGUGACAGUAGUGGAAGCAUGUACCUAUCGAACAAUAACCAUGCAGAUAAUUUGGUGAAAGUGUUUUCUCGUACUGCUCCUACAAGUCCACGUUGGACACCAGUCAGUUCGCGGCACAACUCUCCGCCUAUGCCAGGUUCGCCGUUGUCAUCUUCGCCACCAUCUACGCUCCGGCGAAACUACUCCAGCACGUUCAUGUUGAUUCCGGAAGAUCGUGCAGUGGAUCCGGUUUCCAUAGAACCGACGCCACUGAUCAGCAGCAAUCGAGAUCGUCGGGAUGGUUCCACUGGCAAGUAUCGGAUCUCCAAUGGGCGUGUUAUCGUGCGCUUGAUCCUCUGGUGGCCUUUGCUGAUUAUUGCAGUUGCUCAACGAAUUCUUGGGUUUCUGAUGCAACUAUCCUGGCGUCCGUUUCUGAUCGCGGCACCAGCUUUCUGGCUUUCCGCCUGUCUGUGGAUGUUCUGGAAGAUAAUUGCCAUUCCACUGGCUUGCCUUAAAUGGGCUCUGGUUGCUCUACAUACUCCGGCUCACGAGCGAAAUCGUAAGAAGCGAACCAUUCUGAUUAGUUGCGGAAGUACAAUCCAGACAUUACAUUUGGCCAGAAACUUUUACAAGUCCGGAGCGAGAAUCGUAGUCUUCGAGUUCGAAGGGCUAUUUGGAUUGGCAAGAUUUUCAACGGCCGUAAGUAAAUUCUACACCAUCCAGAAACCAACACCGGAUACGGCCAAUGAGUACAUUGCAACACUAUGUGAAAUCGUUGAAAAGGAACAACCUACGCAUUACAUUCCUGUGUGUGCUACUAGUGCCGCCCACUACGAUGCCCUGGCGAAGCCUCAUCUGGAACUGCGUGGAUGCUCAAGUUUUAUUCCAGGAGCACAGGAAACUUCCGUGUUGGAUGACAUACUUCAGGUGAUGAAAAAGUGCGAGUUGAAUCAGAUAUCCAUGCCACCGCAUCAGGUGGUUGCCUCUAAGGAAGAUUUGUACCGUUUGUACGACAAUGGUUGGUUGUCCGGCUAUCGAAAUGUCAUGAUUGCUUCCGGUUGCUUGGGCGUUCUGGAACGAGCCAAAUAUAUUCUUCCGAUGAACAGAAGGGACCUAAAAUUGAACUACGAGAUAAGCGAACUACAAAAAUGGGUAGUCAUUCGGGAUGUCAUUGGAGCUCAUUUCGUUACCUGCACAACAGUGAAAGACUCUCAGGUGGUAGCAAACGUAACAUGCGCCAUCCAGAACGACACACGUAGUUUGCUUCCAGAACAUAACGAAGAAAUCGAGAACUGGCUUAAGGAAUUCUUCCGAAAAAUUCGUCUGCAGCGUCCACUGAAUGGUCACAUCAGUUUUCGACUGGCUAAAUGUAAAUCAAGCGGAGAGAUUCUCCCGCUCGGUAUCCGAGUAGGCGUAUCUCUACCGUACAUCUGCUACACCGGCGUUCAUUCGCGUGUUAUCUGCAAACCAUGUCCACAUUUCAACCGACAAAACUCGGGCCCAUUGGUACAGAACGGCGGCCGUUACUGGAUCCACGAAACGGUCAUGAAUGCGCUACGUCGACCAAGUGUCGACGCCGUCCAGCAGCUAAUCGGGACGGUGAUCGACAAACGGGAGGCCCUGUUCGUGUACUGGGAUCCGUUGCCGUACUGCGCCUACUAUCACUUCCAGCUGCCGUUCAACUCGGUGAAAAAUUUCCUACAUAAACGGCAGAGGGCACGAACGAUGCCACGUGCCGCCGCACCGGUGCAAUGAUCACGGCCCAGUGCGGUGAUCUGGCAGCUACCACAGCCGGCCAGAGUGCAACUGAUAAGGGCCGUCAGGAGGGCGAUCUUGUUGAGUUGUUUUAAGAGGUUUUUUUUAAUUUUUUUUUUUUUUUGACAUGGAGAGAGAAGCAUCAGACUCGCGAAAAAUGGAUGAGAGCUGUUGAUGAGUGAGAGAGUGUUUCAUAGACAAUAGGAUCCUAAUGUAAGCCUUAUGAGUAAUAUUUGCAGCAAGUAAGGAUGAUUAUUUGCACUACUUAGAAUAUGGGAGCUCCAAUAUUGUGUGUGUUUGUUGCUGGGCAACGAAAAGGGUAGUGUAAAUAUUUGAACUAUAAACCUUUUUAGCUUAAUGCAAUUUUAUACGUGCGCCUUGUGUUUGUGACAGAAAAUAAGUACAAAUUAAACAAAGGUUGAAUAUAUUAAAAUUAAGUCAUAUGUAAUCAAUAAAAAAAAUAAUAAUGAGAA